CCAGCUUCAUUGGAAGCCCAUAAUCAUUUCUCUUCCGCCAAGCAAAAACGGUCUCGCGAUUCGGUUCCUCUGUUGCGAAGGCCAAAACUCAGCAUUAGGGUUUUGAAAUUCUGAGCUACAAUGUCCGAUGCCAACGACUCGCAUCAGAAGCAGAAUUCACGUGGAUCAGAUCAUGAGAGGUUGAGGGCUACAGAUCGAAAUCGGGAUAGGGAAAAAGAUGGAGACCGUUAUCAAAGGAACUACAAGGAUAGAAGUGUGAGAGAUGAUAAAGGAAGGGGCAAGUAUGAUGAUUAUGGCCGUCAUCAAAGCAGCCAUAGUGACAGGCACCAUUAUUAUGACCGAGACAGAGAAAAGAGGCAUAGACAUAGAUCACGUUCCCCUUCUAGGGAUGAAUCUAGGAACCAAUCUAGAUCACACUCUCGUUCCCGUUCUCAUUCAGAAAGCAAAAGGACAAGUGGUUUUGACAUGGCACCUUCCGCUGCGAAUAUGCUGCCUGGCACUGCUGUUCCAGUUCAACCACCGGUUGUUUCUCAAUCAGUGCCAGGAAUAAUACAGAACAUGUUACCUUUUGGGACAACACAGCUGGGAGGUCUUUCCCUAAUGCCAGCCCAAGCCAUGACCCAACAGGCUACAAGGCAUGCACGACGGGUAUAUGUUGGUGGGCUUCCCCCCAUGGCUAAUGAGCAGACAAUUGCAACUUUCUUUAGCCAUGUCAUGGCUGCAAUUGGUGGAAAUUCUGCUGGUCAAGGUGAUGCGGUAGUCAAUGUUUACAUUAAUCACGAGAAGAAGUUUGCAUUCGUGGAGAUGAGAACUGUUGAAGAAGCGAGUAAUGCAAUGGCAUUAGAUGGGAUUAUAUUUGAGGGGGUUGCUGUGAGGGUGCGAAGACCUACGGACUACAAUCCUGCAUUAGCUGCGGCACUUGGUCCUAGCCAAGCAAGUCCUCACCUUAACUUAUCUGCUGUUGGGCUCACACCAGGUUUAACUGGUGGAGCAGAGGGACCAGAUCGUAUCUUCGUAGGUGGACUACCAUACUACUUUACUGAAACACAGAUAAGGGAAUUGCUACAGACAUUUGGACCUCUCCGUGGAUUCGAUCUUGUCAAGGAUAAAGACACAGGAAACUCUAAAGGAUAUGGUUUCUGCGUUUAUCAGGAUCCAGCAGUGACAGACAUUGCUUGUGCUGCUCUUAGUGGCUUGAAAAUGGGGGAUAAAAUCCUAACAGUCAGGCGUGCUGCUGCGAGCUUGGGGCACUCCAAAACAGAGCAGGAAAUGAUCUUAGCACAGGCACAACAGCAUAUAGCUAUGCAUAAAAUAGCUUUGUUAGCUGGUGAUGUGAAUCUUCAUGGAGCAGGGAUGGCACCUGUAACUAUUGCAGAAACUCCAACUAAAGUUUUAUGCUUGACUGAGGCAAUUAGUGUGGAUCAACUGAGCGAUGAUCAAGAGUACGAAGAAAUAUUAGAAGACAUGCAGGAUGAAUGCAGCAAAUUUGGAACUUUGGUGGACAUCAUUAUUCCCCGUCCAAAUCAAAAUGGAGAGCAGAUCCCAGGUGUUGGAAAGGUGUUCCUGGAAUAUUCCGAUAUCAUCGGUUGUGCGAAUGCAAGGAAUGCACUGAAUGGAAGGAAAUUUGGAGGCAAUGCAGUGAAUGCCUUUUAUUAUUCAGAAGAUAAGUUCAAAACCAGAGACUAUGGAGCCUAAGUAUCAAAAUGUGCGGUAGUUUGCUGUUGCCCUGACCACAUUUAGGUACCUGUUAACUCUUUGUAUGGACAGCAUGUCAUAUUUAACUUUUUUGCUUUUAUAUCGGCUUCUUGUCUGGAUCAGGCCUUUCCUGUAUUAGUGGUGCUUUGCCUCUUCUCUUUCCUGGUAAAUUGUACCUACACAUGAUAUAUACAAAUUAUGUCAUACAGAUUUGCCUAUAUAUACUCACUCAAUCAGCACCUUCACUGAAGUUGGUUA